GGCCAUUACUACCAAAAACACUUCUUUUUUUAUUCCCCCUUAUUAAUUUAGACUUGAAGUUAUUUAGGAUAGGGAAAAAUGUCAUUAUUUUUGACAGUUUCAAAGAAGUCUUUUAGUACACAUGCUUACCCAAAGAGAAUGAAUAGUUACAUUUAAUGCCAGCAGAUAGGACGAAUUGCAGAACAGCCAGAAGAGCACAUGGGUGACCCCAAAUAGCAAUUGUGAGACAUGGGUAUUGUGCUGAAGCACCCAAAUAGCUCACCCAUUGCCUUCUCUUCAUGACUCAAAAAUUUGCUUAGUACCGAGAAAAUUUGCUGAGCAGCCCACAAAAAUUCAGAGCACAAUGAGAAUGCCUGAGUUCUUACUUCCUUCCUGCUUCACAGACAUGAGAACAAAGCAGAACUUGAUCACUUGUUUGUAUCAGACAAAGCUAGCAGGUGCCUACAAGUUUGUGACUGUAACAUGGUCCAAAAGCCUGCUGAGUCAGGACUUCACUGUCCAUGUCAAUGAACCAGAGUGCCAUAAUAUCUGCAAGGUUGAGAUGAGACCAUGGCUGUUCAGGAGGAAGGGAUCCAAGAGUUUCAAUGUGAAGGGCAAGAAGGUGUGUGUUUUGUGGGAUCUCAGCAAUGCCAAGUACAUCUGUGGCCCAGAGCCAAAUGAGGGCUUUUUUGUAGCCCUGGUCUGUGAGGAGGAAGUUAUUUUGCUGCUUGGAGACAUGCAAAAGGAGGCCUACAAGAAAGCCAAGGCUAGAUCCCCUAAUACCGAGCCUGCAUUGUUAUCUAGGAGAGAGCAUGUGUUUGGGAACACUUAUUACUCCACUAAAGCACAGCUUGGAGAGCAAGGAAAAACCCAUGAUAUAGUUAUAGAAUGUCAUGCUAAGGAAGCCAAGGAGCCAAGAUUGUAUGUUAGGGUUGAUAGGCAGAUUGUGUUGCAGGUGAAGCAUUUGAUCUGGAAGUUCAGGGGAAAUGAGACUAUAAAGAUUGAUGGGACACCCAUUGAGGUGUUUUGGGAUGUUCACAACUGGCUGUUUAGUCCUAGCAUAGGUCAUGCAGUCUUCAUGUUUCAGUCCAGUAUCAAGGAUGAGGAUAAGGACGAUAAGGCCUCUUGCCCACCUGCUGCUGUUUUUCAGUGGCCCAAUGCUGCAGUAGGGUUUAAAGAAAAACGGUUUAUGAGAAGUGGAUCUUCUUCUUCUUGCAGAUCUUCAGUGAUACAGUGGGUUGGUAGCAGCAGCUGCAAGGGUAUUGACAUUGCAGGCCCUGCAAGUGCUGGCUUAUCUCUGCUUUUAUAUGCCUGGAAAAGUGAGUGAGGACAAUAUUAAUGCAAGAAAGUAGUAGGCGUUAGUUAUAGCCAUUGUUAGGCUUUUAGAUUUUUGUAUAUAUGUUGAGCAGAUUGCCUGCCCCCCUCCCUGGCGGAUUGAGAGGCUGCUUCUGAUGCUUGCACUGUUCUUAACCAUGAUUUAUUUAUUGAGGCUUAUUCAGUGGCUUCCAUUAUGGGAAUAAAACAAAAUUUUGGGUAGAUGUUGGAUGAUAAAAUGGGUGAUGAUCGUUUUAUCCUUUUGAAGUUGGGGGAGGGAGCAGAUCAAAUUUGUACUCUAAUCUGAUCAGGAGCUUGAGAAACACUGUAAAAUGUUCAAUUUUUCUUACGGUAUGGCAGAAAAUCUUAGUGAUAAA